CGUAAAGACCUGUACUGGUCAUCACUGUUGUCUGGGGAAAUACCGAUCGAUACUUUGUAAAGCGACACCACUGAGUCAGUAGUUGUAUGUUUGCAUGAAUGAGAGAGAAAAGCACCGACUUCCUGUAAGGAUAGAUAUAUACUGAGCAUUGAUGCUUCUCAGUUGCUUUACGGGGACGAAAACGUCCAGUUCAAAAAUAUCGAUAUCAACCGUCUCCUGAAACUCCUUCUACACUUGCAAGACAUUAUCCAAAGGAACUGAAGUAAUCAUGAGACGAAGAAGAACCGCACAACAACAAACGACAGGCAAACCACUACGCGUCGUUCUACUGGGGAAAGAUGGUGUUGGAAAAUCUGCUCUUACUGUACGGUUCGUGACGCGACGAUUUAUCGGGGAAUAUGACCAGACUCUAGAAUCAACGUACCGACACACGCUACAGAUUGAAAACGAAGACGUGUAUGUGGACAUUAUGGAUACAGCUGGAGAGAAUACUGAUGGGAAGAUCAGACGCUACACACGCAGAGGCGAUCUGUUCAUUAUUCUGUACUCAAUCGUUGAUCGAUCAUCCUUUGACGAAGCGCGCAGCAUAGCAAAAUACAUCAAAGACCAUAGGAACAUAGAAUCAAUGUCUAUGGUGAUCGUGGCUACUAAAAAAGAUCUGGAUCACCUUAGGAGAGUCGAUAUUGAAGAAGGAAUCGGGUUCUCAAACGAACUGGAGUGUACAUUUUACGAGGUGUCUAUUUCUGAGGGCUACAUUGAAGUACAAGAGCUUCUUAAGGAGCUUUUGAAACGAGUUUUAAGUCAAAAGAAUGACAGAAAAGACACUUUAAAGAUUCCUUCGAUAAGCAUAAAAAGAUCACCGUCUUUAGAAAGAAGAAAAUGGGGUGUUGGUAUGUUUGAGAAACCGAAAUCUUAUUUUGAACGGAGCGAAGAAGAAUCUUCCCCUGAUGGCACGAGAAACCCAGGAAAUAAAAGCCCCGAAAUAACGAGAAGGAGAAAAGACAGCAACAAUAACAUACCAGAACAAUUAAAGUCACUUCAGGAAUUACACGGUUCAACAUCACCCGAAGAAACAAGCACAAAAUACAGAUUCAUGUCAAAAAAUAAUAGUCCUGUGUCACAGAGAAAGAAAAAUCCAUUUGCGAUCGAGAAAGUCAAAGGAGCUUCCUCUGCCAAUAAACUCAAACUUCAAAAGAUAGAAGAURAAAAUAAGACGAACCAGAAACCUAAAAUGUUCGCUCUCCAGAAAGUUAGAUCAGGGUCGGGGAACACAGAACUUGGUAAGACAACUGGGAUUUCACCAACGGAGCGUAGCGUGACUUGCACUGAAAAUAAUGACAAUAGCGAUGUUGUUGAACGGAGUUCGGACGACAAGCCAAAGGGACCUUUUCUAUUGAACAAGCUACAUAGUACUUCAACGGACAAACUUCGUUCAAAUUCGAGCCACGAGAGAUUAAGAGCGACGACAUCUUUUGGUAGAAUGAGAAGUGGAUUUGAAAGGACUUUCGGCAGRAAGAAAGCUAUCUAUCUUUAAUUCAAUUAUAACCUAUUUUGUAAAUGAUCGUAGUAUAGAAGCACAAAUGAAGUUAAAAUGUUUAAUAUAAAAUCGGCAGAUAUUAAAAUUUCUUAACUUAUUUUGUGUUUUUGGCGAAUGAUUCAGAAAGCAAUCUCCUCAUGAAAUAACAGACCGCUGAGGGCAAAUCCCAAAGCAGCUUAAUUUGGAGCCAAUAUAAAUAAAUGAAUGAAAAACGAGUGUAAGACUGGUAACGAGUACCAAGAACAACUGAAUUAAUGAUUUCAAAAAUAUAUUUUCAUUACAGGAAAGACCAUGUCUAAAUUAGUAAUUUCGAAAAGUUCUGUUGUCAUAURCAGUCAAUGUCAUUAACGUUGUCCACCAAAAAAAGACAUUUACACAUUUAGACAUUUUCCAAACGUCUGCGCAUGCUCUGCAAUAUGGAAAUUAGGAAAACGUCGACAAGAACAAGAGUGAUUUUGUUUGGCCCGUGAAACAAAAUUGUUAUGAAAAGAUAUUUGCAAAGGUUCGCAUUCAGUCUUUUUAGAAAAAUCUAUACUUUCGUUAUAUCAGAAUAAACCAUGUUUUAUUUUC